AAGUGCGACCCAAGUGCUAAGUGUAAUCAAAUGUUUAACGAAACCGUUUGAAGUGUAAAUCUCGACGAGACCAACCAGCUGUUCGGGGAAUAUUAAGUGGUUAAAGACGGAAAACUAUCAAACAUUAUUGAUCAAACAGCAGUGCGUCUUUUUCUACAAGUUUCUACCUUGAAGUCUACGUAUCGCAGUUCGGCGGCAGAACUCCCGGCGGCAAAACCGUGACAUUGGAUCGGCACUCGAAGCGUGACAUCGUAAAGUGGUGCACAACGGAUCCGCAGCCAAGACAACGGUUACCCACUGACGACCCGCCCAGUGACGAUGACGACUAAGGUGGACGGGGUGCCGGGCCCGCGGAACAAUGGGCACGAGAUGGCCCCGCUCAACACACGUGCCCGGGGCGAUGGGACGCACGGUGUUACGAUCAUGCUGUCACCGCCGGACCGCAGCUCGAUCGGAUCGCGCGACGGUGCCGGCGCCCUGCCCGAUGGCGACCCGGACCGCGCCGCCUGGUCCGGCAAGAUGCAGUUUUUCCUCAGUAUUAUCGGGUACUCGGUUGGGCUUGGCAACAUCUGGCGGUUUCCGUACCUCUGCCAGCAGAACGGAGGAGGUGCUUUUCUCAUACCCUUUAUGAUUAUGCUGAUUCUUGAGGGUAUACCCCUGUUUCUGAUCGAACUCGGCAUGGGACAGCGGAUGCGGCUCGGUGCGCUUGGCGUGUGGAACACAAUCCAUCCGUGGCUCGGUGGCAUCGGUAUCAGCUCCUGCAUCGUUACGUUGUUUGUGGCGAUCUACUAUAAUGUCAUCAUUACCUGGUGCUUCUACUACUUUUUCAACAGCUUUCGGUAUCCAUUACCGUGGGCCGUCUGUCCACAGCUGAACGGAACCGACGUGGAAGAGUGUGAACGGUCGUCCGAGACCGCUUACUUCUGGUAUCGCACCACGUUGGACGCUGCGCCGAGUAUAGACGAAACCGGCGGCUUCAAAUGGUGGAUCGUGCUCUGCCUGAUGCUGUCCUGGACCGUGGUGUUCUUCAUCGUGAUGAAGGGCAUCCAGAGCUCGGGCAAAGUAGUGUACUUCACCUCCCUCUUUCCCUACAUCGUCCUGACGAUCUUCUUCAUUCGUGGUAUCACCCUCAAAGGGGCCGGGGCCGGGUUAAUGCACAUGUACACACCGAAGGUGGAGAAGCUGCUCGAACCGACGGUGUGGCUUGACGCCGCCACGCAAGUCUUUUACUCGUUCGGACUCGCGUUCGGAUCGCUGAUUGCGUUCGGCAGUUACAACACGCCCAAAAACAACUGCGUGCGCGAUGUGCUGCUGGUGUCGGUCUGCAAUGCGAUCACCGCCAUCUACGCCAGUGUCGUAAUCUUUGCCAUUCUAGGCUAUAAGGCGACGCUAGGAGUCGAUCGAUGCAUUCAAGUAAAUAAGCAUAUUUUAGUGAAACACAAUCUACUUCCAUCGAUGGACGUCGAUAACAGCGAGUACGAACACGCGAUGGCCAGCCUGAACGAAACGAUGACGAAAGAAUGGGAGUUUGAAAAAUGCAGCCUGGAGGAUCAGUUGUCCAGUGCUGCCGAAGGAACCGGCCUUGCGUUCAUCGUAUUCACCGAAGCCAUCGUCGAACUACCAGGUUCUCCCUUCUGGGCUGUGCUAUUUUUCACCAUGUUGCUCUCUUUAGGCUUAGGAUCUCAGAUCGGUAUUUUGGAAGGAAUGCUUUGUACCAUAUUUGAUAUCGAUAUCUUCAAAAGGAUUCGGAAACCGUACGUUACUGGUGUUGUCUGUGCAUUCUGUUUCUCGGUGGGUCUCAUUUUCACCACCGGUGCGGGCGAAUAUUGGCUGAAAAUGUUCGAUUCUUUCGCCGGCACGAUUGGAUUGGUUGUGGUUGCGCUGAUGGAAAUGAUUGCCGUCAUAUACAUCUACGGACAUGAGAAGUUCACGGAAGAUAUUUACCAAAUGACGGGCAUUCGGCCGGGUCUCUACUGGCAAAUGACCUGGCGAUAUAUUGGUCCCGCCAUCAUGGGUUGCAUUCUGCUGUCUUCUAUACUUUCGAUGCUACUUCGAAAUCCAACGUACGGCGCAUGGAAUGGGGAAUUGGGAAUUGUCGAAAACAAAUCAUAUCCUAAUUGGGUGAUGGGCAUCGCACUAGCGAUGAUUGUUGCCGGUGUGCUGCCUAUGCCAGUGGUCUUCCUGUUACGACGGUUCCAGAUACUGAAGGUUGAUCUCGACAUACACCAGGGAUCGAUCCGAAGAAAUGAAACGACAGCCUCCACCAAGGAAAUGAUUGAUGAAGACGACGACGACGAUGAUGAUGAUGACGAUUUUAGUGGACCUGCACUAGGCGGCCCGGUCAAUGUUCGGAGCGAUUCGGACGACGAAGACGAACCACCGACGAUGGGCAAAAUGUUGGCGAAAAAGACCGGUGGCAUGAUGUCGUCGCCGCAUAGUAAACCGCAACAGCUCCAGUUUAAAAACCAGCAUCAUCUCACACCCGACGUACUGAGCCCCGGUUCGCGGAAAAAACCGUUCCGGAUGGAGGUGGUCGAUUUCUAAUCGUUCGGCGAAAUGUGGUGCAACCGGCCAAUACCAACGCUCAACGACGACCGUGAUGAUUGGUGUGGUGUGGUGUGGAAGCUUUUAUCAACUUUGUUUUUAGUGUACUCUGGUUUAGACAGUUAACCAACCCCUGUUCCUUCGCUAGAUGCGCGCUCGAGCGUGCGGGUAUGCCUGGCACCGACUAAGUCCUUCGGUUUUUCUCCCUCAUUCCGGUGGGAGAGGAGCAUUCAAUAGUGAUGAUGUAGCGACAGAUGACAGCACAGCUGCAACCGCAGAAAAGGAUAACAUUGUUACUUGUAAAUAUCAUGUAUAUUAAGCAGAAGAUGCUGAAAAUCAAGCUAUUUGUAAUAGAUUAAUUAGGAUCGAUCCAGGACAAGUAAGGUCAAACUUAAUUCAGCGCCCAUGCGCUGUGGGGCAGUUUAGCUCUUGGAGCUGAUUUUAAAACCUUCUUCCUCCCGAAUCACCUGGUGGUAGGUGUGUAGCGAACGGUUAUCAUUUGGCUGAAAGCGACCGCGUUAAUUUCGACGUUGACUAGGGAAAGAUGGUACCCCAAUUCGCCCACACAAUGGAGUGCCACAGCUGGAAAAUGCAGUAUUCUUUGGGUUUUUUGCUAGUUACCCGCUAUAGGUGUGUAUUUUCCUGUUGUACAAAUUGUACUGUUUCAACGAAAUGAUUACACAAACACCACGAUAGGUGGUAUGCGUUUUUCCCCCCAGUAGAAGAGGCAGACACGAAAUUUAAAAAUAAAACCAACAAAAGACGUCAAAAAUAUUGCAAAAAAAAACGAAAAAUCUUACUAAAAGGUGAUGCACAUUGAAAAACGAGGGGGACACAACCAUUAAAUAGCAGACACGUGUGACAAUUUCGUUAUGCCGAAGCUAUCGUUGAGCCGAACCGUUUAAUACGUUAAUUUUAUUAAGUUCAAUACCUCGCUCCGGUGGAAAAAAUGUUGUGCCCCAGCACCACCUUGUGCGCUCGUACAAUAAUCGUAGCAUUAGGCGCCCGAAAGUGUUAGAAAUUGUUUACACUGCAAACCCAAACCCAAUAUUUAUAUCUGUGCUUUAGUUUAGACAGUUGCGCGAUUACUAUAGUUUGCCAUAAUACAGUUACGAACCAAAAAAAACCAUACACUCUCUCUCUCGAGCAAACACCAUUAUAGCGCAGUGCUCAGCAGAAUAGACUAAUGUUAAGUGAAACAAAUAAUUAUUACUUAAGUGCAUGUGAAGUGUGUAAGAUAUUACGGUACGUUCUCAACCAAAGCGUGAAGUGUUGGGGAAAAGCUCUUGUAAGACAUUCUAAUGAAGGGUUUGCGAAAAUGGGAAAUGGAAACGAAUCAGAUUUCUUAUUUGUUUAUUUUUUUUUUUUUUUUGUAAUGAACAAAAUACGUUUCGUUAAAAAAAAGUAUCCAAACUAAAGAAGAUUCCCCCUUUCCCAAUUUUGUUGUUGUUUAAGGACAAACUUAAGAUUGUCCGUAUUUUAAUGAACCAUAUUUGCAUUGGUCCUUUCGUAAUGAAUAAAAUUAACCGGUUUUAGGUUCAGUUUGUUCAAAUUAGACAUCUGGAUAUAAAGUUUCCGAAAAAGCGAUACGUUACUAAUUUUGGAACCUUUGCAAUUUACUGCAAAUUGUUGGUUUCAAUGAAGCCUACUUCUCGGCAGGUGCGCCCAACGGCAUGUAAGAAAGUGAUAGAAGAGAACCAACAUUAUGUUUAACCGAUGACACAAACACGGUAUGAAAUUCUUCGACUGCCUAACCUUAAACCAAUUGUAGCAAAAAGAAAAGGAACCCAACAACAUACAGAAAAAAGUGACAGAUGGAAGACACAUAGUGCCACUAUAGUCUCAUUUAUCAAUAUCAAUAUCUUUUAGUGCAUUAAUUGGGUUUAUUUGAUUCAUUUCCUUUCCACAAUUCCCCAUAGGCUAGAGAAACCAUCAAAUGAAAAUAAAAGAAUUAAAGUAACACAAA